CGUGGCUCGGAAAAGAGAGUACCCCUACGAUGCUGCUACCACCAUCUAGAGAUGCCGCUUUUCAAUGGAAACUCUCAAAGCGGUUUACAUGGAAAAAUAAAUAGCAGAGUCAAGACUGUCCGGAGGUUGACCGUUCUUUGCGCUACAAUGUGACGUACGGGUGGGAGACUAGCACGGACUCUGGCACUGCAAAGGACUUUUCCCGAAUCACCCGAUUCAGAACAUCGGUGAAGGGGACGGCUUAACCCAGCUGAUGACGAGAGAGACCACCGGACAAGACUGAUGGAGAAUCCGUACCCAACUCCAGAGACCUUUGUGGACGUGGACAAAGGCAUCUGUAUUGGGUUUCUCUCCCUGAUGUGCUUCUUCCUGAUGGUCAUGAUAGUGCGGUGUGCAAAGCUGAUCGUGGAUCCCUACACUGCGAUCCCUACCUCCAGCUGGCAGGAGGAGUAGCUUACCUACAAUCCAUCCACCACAGUCAGGAAAUGCACUCUGUGGAGGGACAACUGGCUCUGACGUCUUGCUCUAGAGGGGCAAGUGGGAAGGAUGGGUGUUCCCGACCACGUUCUUCAUGUCCCGUCAUUCAGGAUAAUGCUAUCGGCACGUUGCAGUUUCUGUCUUUCUCCCAUCUUUAGAUGCUGAAAGCUUUCCCUCCGACAUCUAUGCUCUUUCUCCCUUGUUGCCCCUUUCACCUGCAGCCCUGUCUUGGGACACUGCGUGGUGUUUACUUCUGACUAAACAUGCAAAUGUUUGCACUAUAAGACUGCAGUUCUAGGCAGACUUAUUUACAAGUAAAUACAGGUGAAACUCGGAAAAUUAGAAUA